AUGGGCCUGACCAGAGCUCCACCUGCAGGCCCGCCCUACUCCCACUGCCAUGGAGACCAUCGGGAGCUGAAGGAGCUGCGGACACCCAGAAAGCAGCACAAGAAAAAGGAGGCCAGUGGUCUUGAACUAGCUGAGCGAGUGGGUGAGCAGGGGCCAGACCCGAGCCAGGAGCCACGCCCACCUACUCAGCAUUCCUCAGGCGCACAGUUCCCAGCCAUGUUUAUCACUGUGAUGUUUGGAGGUAUGGGAGAGAAAAUGCUCCUAGUUGGGGGAGGCAGUGAUGUCCUACUCAACUACGCCCCUCUCUUAGCUGGUUGUCAGGUGCUGGUGAACACCUGGUGUAGCCUGGUGACCUUCAUUACACAUCUGAAACAGAAAGUUCAGGUCCCCCCAGAAGUAACCAUUGCUCUUCUGGCUGAAGACGGGCAUCUGGUGAGGCUGGAAGAGGGGAUCACCCAGGCCCCCUCCAUGGCCUGUUCCCUGCUACAGGAGCAAGGGACCUAUGUCCUGGUACAGAUCACUGGAGGGAGAGAUGGGACUCCCGCCCACUAUGAGUCCCUACUGGACAACCUAGAUGACCACUGUCCAGAGUUAGCAGAGGAGCUGUGCUGGCUCUCCGGCUUUCCAGCUACAAGCAACAGUCAGAGAAGACGCCCCGGCAUUCGGCGCGGCCACCGGGAACAAGGCCCCCCUUCAAGGUCUCGAAAGGUGGUCUCCCUACCAUCCAGAAACCGCUAGCUGGAGCCUGAGCCAGGUACAGAAGAGUUAUGGAAACUCAGGAAGAUCCAAAAGGGGGUAAGCCCUUCCUGAGAGACACGUGUGCUGAGGGGUACAGCUUUCACACACCUACACACCCAGGACAGUUCACACCGUACCUAGUGAGAAGUCCCACUAUACUGCUGGAGUAUAAGGAUCCUAAAGGCAGACAAGCUACGAGUUUAAGAAGCUGGUACACACUUCUCCAGCCUGGCACACCGUAGGUGCUCGAUGCACAGCUGCUGCCUGUGAAAGCAGCAACAGUGUGUGAUGAAGCCGUCUGUGCUGGGGUCUGAAGGGCCUGCUUCCGUCCCAGCAGGUCCUAUGACCUGGCGCGCCACAACCAAGUGGCCCAGCUGGACUUGGAUCCAAGGGGACUGGCCCUGACCUCGGCAUUAUGAUCAACUGCACACAGACCGCAGUCCAGCGGGACUCCUCUUUCAGAAUCUGGCAUUACUAAGAAGUUGCAUCAGCAAGAAGGGAAAGGUCACAGACAGGAUGUGAGAGCCCCUCCACUCCCCCCCCCAUUUGAGCGCAGAGAAAAGGAUCCAAGGACAAAAACAGGAAGAGUGAGCUGGCCGAUGGUCUGUGUGGGGCAGACAGUAGGCGCUCCUCUUGAGGUUUCAGGUCCCAGGGACUAAGACCCUCUCCCCCCACUUCGAGAGAUCCCUAGAGGAAUCUGUCCUUGGCUAUUUACAAUUUAGAUUAUAACAGGGUUCCUCCCUCCCCACCCUAGAGGUUCAAGGACAGCCUAGGGUUACACAGCAGGAAAUAUUCUCUCUCUCCC